AUGUACGUUUUAAGCAACACAAGAAACAAAUUGAAAUUUUCAUUGGUUCUAUUGUCAAAAGUAAAAUCAGUGCAUUUCUACUUACUAAUGUCAUUUACAACAAUAUCUUACUUGUCUUAUUAUUGGUAGAAUAUUACAUAAGGAUAUUUAAACUAUUUGGAAAGUCGAUUGAAAGAGCAAUAAAAGAAAUCGGAACCCAAAGUCCCAAUCACAGGGUCUUCGAUUGUUAUUAAUGAAGUCCUGAGGAAGGAGAGCAUCAAUAAAAUGUUGGGAGAGCUGAUUGCAAGAAUAGAUAAUAAAGAAUCAACUUAACAUAAUGUAGCCAAAUAAAUGUGUAAAUUGGGCAACCUAUCCUUUUUAUAUGAUAAGACCUUUGUAUUGACUAAGGAUCUUUUGAUACAAUAGGUUUUCAACAAUGAUGAGAUAUUUGUGAAAUUGAGGGACUUGCUAAUUAAAGUAUUGAAUGAUCAAAAGAGCUUAAGUGGUUACUUUGGUAUGUGA